AUGCCCGAGGCUGAACAAUUAGACAGGAUUAGCAGUUUGCCGGAUGCCCUCCUCUCCGAAAUCUUAUCGUUUUUGUCGACCAAACAAGCUGUGGCUACUAGCAUAUUGUCUAAACGAUGGGUAUCUGUUUGGACCAAAGUUCCUGUGCUAAACUUUUCACUGUUUUAUGAUUCUUCUAAAGACUUCAAAGCGUUUGUGGAUAGAGUCUUGAUCUGUAAUGAUUCACGAUCAUUAAGGCUGUUUCGGAUUAUUGUCAUAUUUUAUAAGAAAAUCAAUGACUACCAUUAUCAUCAGCGGAUUAGGAAUAUAAUGCAACGGGAUGUUGUUGAGAUAGAUAUUGUGUUACAGGGGGGAACUCUACCAGCAGGUACUUUUUCGAGCGAGAAACUUAUGGUGCUAAAGUUGAAGGGUUUCGAUUCCCCUCUCCGAGAUCCAUUUCAUCUACCGAAUCUCGUAACCCUACACUUCUCAUUCAUUAAAUUUGCAGAUGAUUUUUCUUUGAAGAAUAUUGUGAUGAGGUUGCCUCGACUGGAAGAAUUGGUUAUUAGUGAGUGCAAGGUAUUGCGAAAUAUAUGUAUUCGUUCUUCAUCUUUAAAGAGAUUGAGUCUCAUUCGAAAUAUAUUUUCGAUGGGAGAAAAUGAUUCCAAUAUAAUAGUUGCUGCUCCAAGUCUUGAAUAUCUUUGUAUCGACGGUUAUUCACCACACUAUGAGUUUGGCAACAUGCCCUCUAUAGCUGAAGCUAGGCUUCAAAUCCGGUACUGUAAAGGUGACUACUAUGUAAAAGUGCUUAAAUUCCUUAAACAAGUUCCUAACCUGAAAUUUUCAAAGUUUUUCUGUCUAUAUCUAUCUGAUGGACUUUCUAUUUUUGUUUUCCGUCUCAUGAACUCUAAGGCUACUAUUGGAGAUACUGAGCAUGAUCAACAGCCAUUGUUUCCACACUUGACCCGUUUGAUCAUAAGUGGUUACGACUUUGGUUCAGCCGACAGCUCAAAAAUUUUACGGCGCCAUCUUGUAUUAUGGAUUUUACAACGAGCCCCUAAUCUUGUCUCUCUUGAUUACUCGGUGUUCAAAAUCAAUUUGAAAGGUAUGGUUAGUGGAACAACAAUUGCUGCAAUUGCAGGGCUAUUCAAAGUUCCGAGGGCUUCAUCUAUAGGCAGUACUGCAAUUUGUUAUGGAAAAUUACUAAAGCAGGAAGAUUAUGAUUGUAUGAAGGUGUGGGCAUCUGAUCACAUCUUCAUAUCUUCUCCAAACUAA